GGUCCGGGGAGAGCGGAUAUAGUGAAUGCGGGGUCCGGGGAGAGCGGAUAUAGUGAAUGCGGGGUCCGGGGAGAGCGGAUAUAGUGAAUGCCGGGUCCGGGGAGAGCGGAUAUAGUGAAUGCCGGGUCCGGGGAGAGCGGAAAUAUAGUGAAUGCGGGGUCCUGGGAGAGCGGAUAUAGUGAAUGCGGGGUCCGGGGAGAGCGGAUAUAGUGAAUGCGGGGGUCCGGGGAGAGCGGAUAUAGUGAAUGCGGGGUCCGGGAGACCGGAUAUAGUGAAUGCGGGGUCCGGGAGAGCGGAUAUAGUGUCUGUUGUAACUUUGGGGUCCAUUUACUAAACGAAGAUGCUUUACUCGAUUUUAUAGUAGUUGCGUUUUGGUUUA